UGGGGGUGGGGCUGGCGGCUCCUGCCGGGAGGGUCGUUGCCUGGGGCUGGCCUCGUGGGGAGUGCGUUCGGCUCGGGGAGAAGCGGCGCGCGGGCUUCCGGGGCUCGGCCCGACAGCUUCGAGCGCGCACGCUCCCGCCCAGGACGCUGUGGCUCGGACCGAGUCCGGCGAGCCCCAGUGCGCGGCGGGGAGGGGGGUUAAAGCGCGGCGCCGGCGCUGUGGCCCCUUCCCCGCGCUCAUGGGUUGUCGGAAUCGCCCUGGCGUUGCGGAGCUGUUCCCAGUUCCUGCUCUUCCUGUGGUCUCUGGAGCCCGGCUCGAUGUGGUCUGGGUCAGUCCCACACACCUGCCCUCGGCGCCAGAUCCUGCCUCGGGGCAUUGAGAACCUGCCAUUUGAAUUGCAGAGAAAUUUCCAACUCAUGCGAGAUCUAGACCAGCGAACAGAAGACCUCAAGUCAGAGAUUGAUAAACUGGCCACGGAGUAUAUCAGCAAUGCACGGACUCUGUCUUCGGAGGAAAAACUGGGGCUUCUCAAGCAAAUUCAGGAGGCCUAUGCGAAAUGCAAGGAGUUCGGGGAUGACAAGGUUCAGCUGGCCAUGCAGACCUAUGAGAUGGUGGAUAAGCACAUCCGGCGGCUAGACACAGACCUUGCCCGUUUUGAAGCUGACUUGAAGGAGAAGCAGAUUGAGUCGAGUGACUACGACAGCUCCUCCAGCAAGGGCAAGAAGAAGGGCCGGGCCCAAAAGGAGAAGAAAGCUGCCCGUGCUCGUUCUAAGGGGAAAAACUCUGAUGAGGAGGCACCAAAGAUGGCUCAAAAGAAGCUGAAACUCAUCCGCACCAGCACGGAGUAUGGGAUGCCCUCGGUGACAUUUGGAAAUGUGCACCCCUCAGAUGUCCUGGAUAUGCCUGUGGAUCCCAACGAACCCACCUACUGCCUGUGCCACCAGGUCUCCUAUGGGGAGAUGAUUGGCUGUGAUAACCCUGAUUGCUCCAUCGAGUGGUUCCAUUUCGCCUGUGUGGGCCUGACGACAAAGCCGAGAGGGAAAUGGUUCUGCCCUCGCUGUUCCCAGGAGAGGAAGAAGAAAUAAAAUCCCUAGAGCCCCUGGUGCAGUGGCCAGAGUCCCAUCUCUUCUACUAGGGCCUCAUCAAGGUUCCCCCAGCCCCUGGGCCUUGAGGUUGCGGGGAAUCUUGCCCUGUUUGUGGUUAGGGUGACCUUUGAACAGGCUGUGCCCUCAUGACAGUUCCAAUGUGUUCUGUAUCCCGUGCUACCUUCAGAUUCCCCUUGGAGGUCCUUUGUGUGCUGUUCUAGAACAGGUCUCUGAAUCCCAGAGGAAAUGAGGGUAGCUAAGUAGCCCCCCGAUUCCUAGGGGUUGGAUGGUCCCCGAUUUCCCUGGCUCACCCUUCACCCCACUUAGAAUCUAUUGCCUGCAUCUCUCCUUGAGGAAGCCAGACUUAGUCAGAGAAGUGAAAGAUUACCUGAGUGCCCAGGGGAAGGAGGUAAGUCUCCCCAAACUUCAUAGGGUCCUGAUUUUAUUACAUCUUUCCUGGGCAUAGGGGUAAGUAGGCCACCUCUUCAUCUUACAGGUUGGUUGAAAAGUUGGAUCCCUUAGUCCUUCCCUGCCCUACCUUACAUUCCACUAUCACCUCCAGUACCAAGUGGUUUCUGUUGUAUGUGGGAGAGGAGAGAGUUUAGAGAGAGCCUGAGUCUCAUUUAUUCCCCUUCUGGGGGAAUAUCUCAGGAAUGGGUAGUGUACUGUGUCUUACAGGGAAGAGGAAGCAUUCAUGAGCUUAGGUGGAGAUGAUUUUGUAUCACCUGUGCUUCUGCCCCAGAGUUCCCCAAUCCUUUUUGCUGUCCAAGAUCCUUUGUUCUGCUGAUGAUGGGAAGUUUGGGAAUCCAGAUCCACCUUGUAAAAUAUGGAAUUAAAUAAAACCCAUUGAAACAAA